AUGUUUACUGUGCACUUAAACAGUUUCCAGCGGAUAAAUGCAUUCACGAAUCGGACAAAAGAAAUCAAAUGUAAAAGUUUUGAUUUAAUGGGAUUCCGCCUGUUACAGACGAUGAUUUUUGCAAUAGAGGAAAUAAACAGGGACGAAAAACUCCUUCCGAAUGUAACACUGGGCUACAGGAUUCAUGAUGACUGCGGUUCACCGGAGAUUGCAACAAAGGCGGCUCUGUCUAUGGUGAAUGGUCAGGAUGAAACAUUCAUGGACGAAGCUUGUGAUGGGCCUCUCAAUGUACCAGGGAUCGUCGGUGGCGCUGGGUCAUCGGUGUCCAUCGCAGUUGCAAGAACAACUGGACCUUUUACGAUACCGCUGGUCAGCUACUUUUCCACGUGUGUAUGUCUCAGCGACAAGAAUCAAUAUCCAACUUUUCAUCGAACUAUCCCAAGUGACGAGCAUCAGUCAAAGGUGCUGAUGCAUCUCGUUCAGAGGUUUGGAUGGACUUGGAUUGGAACUGUUCACAGCAACGAUGACUAUGGCAUCUCCGGAAUAACAGCCUUUAUGGAGGCUGCUGAGGAUUUUGGGCUCUGCAUUGCCUUCUCCGAAUCAUUUCACAGAACGGACCCCCAGCAGAAGAUCAUCAAGAUUGUGCAAAUGAUGAAAAAAGCGACUACAAAUGUCGUAGUGGCCUUUGCUGGACCUGGCGAAAUGCGCAUUUUAUUUGAGGAGGUUAUACGGCAAAACCUCAGCAGCGUACAGUGGGUCGGCAGUGAGGCAUGGAUUACAACCGACAUUGUUGGUUUCGAUAGCGGGUGGCGUUUCCUUACAGGGGCAAUUGGAACUGCAGUACCUGCUGUCGACGUUCCGGGGAUGCGAGACUUCCUUCAGACAGUCCAUCCUUCCAGUUUUCCGGAUAAUCCUUUAGUUAGGGAGUUUUGGGAAACCACCUUCAGCUGUACUCUAAAUUUAGAAAACGCGACAAAGGCAAUAGGUACAGUUGGCCGGACCUCGCAAUGCAGUUUAAAUGAGAGUUUGCGACACAUCGUAAACGCCUACACGGAUCUGACCAUGGACGGGAGUUCUUACAUUGUAUAUAAAGCGGUAAAGGCUUUCGCUCAUGCACUUCACGACAUGUUUUCAUGUGAAAGUGGAAAAGGUCCAUUUCUGAACAGAACGUGUGCACGGCUUUCAACCUUUCAACCAUGGCAGCUUCUCCAUUAUAUGAAGUCAAUUUAUUUCACAACAAAAACUGGAGAGAAGGUGCAUCUUGAUAAGAACGGCAAUCCGACAGCCGCUUACGACAUUGUAAACUGGCAAAUGAAUGUGAACGGUAGCCUUGUAGUUCGAAAAGUUGGAUAUUACAAUGGAUCAGCACCUCCCGGUAAAGAGCUUUUGCUGAAGCCACAUCACAUAACCUGGAGCAGUGGUAAGCGUGAGAUUCCCCGGGCAGUCUGUUCUGAAAGUUGCCUCCCAGGAACAAGGAAAACAGCGAGGAGAGGACAACCGAUUUGUUGUUUUGACUGCACGUACUGUGCCGAUGGAGAAAUUAGCAACACCACAGACUCCACUGAAUGCAUCAAGUGUCCUCUUCUGUUCUGGUCCAAUGAUCGGAGAGAUCAAUGCAUCCCGAAGAGUAUCGAGUACCUGGCUUUUACCGAAAUGCUCGGCACGUUGUUGGUGGUUCUCGCUUUGGCUGGAGUAUGUAUGUCUGGACUGACAGUGGGUCUCUUCUUUAGACAUCGACACACACCUCUAGUUAAGGCUAACAAUUCUGAGCUCAGCUUUCUCCUUUUACUUGCGUUAAGCUGUUGUUUCUUGUGCUCGGUCACAUUCAUUGGUGAACCUUCAAAUUUGUUUUGUAUGUUACGGCGCACAGUAUUUGGUGUCUCAUUUGUCCUGUGUAUUUCCUGUGUUCUGGUCAAGACCAUUCUGGUGCUGACGGCAUUUAAAGCAACGCAUCCCAGCAGUAACAGGAUGAAAUGGUUUGGUCAAAGACAGCAGAGGAUAAGUAUCUUCCUCCUGGUGUCCGUGCAGGGUUUAAUAUGUGUGUUUUGGUUGUUCAUUGCUCCUCCUUUCCCUGUAAUCAAUACCAAAUAUUACCGGGAGAGGAUAAUUUUAGAAUGCGAUACAGGUUCUUCUGCAGCAUUUUACUCGGCGUCGGGCUAUAUCGCCUUGUUAUCGUGUAUUUGUUUUGUCUUGGCCUUUCUCGCACGGAAGCUGCCGGAUAACUUUAAUGAGGCAAAGUGUAUAACGUUCAGCAUGCUCAUCUUUUGUGCGGUUUGGAUCACUUACAUUCCGGCUUCUGUGAGUUCUCCUGGGAAAUACACUGUGGCAGUUGAAGUGUUUGCCAUCCUGGCCUCCAGUUUUGGAUUGUUGUUUUGCAUUUUUGCACCGAAGUGUUACGUUAUUAUAGUCACUCCAGAGAAAAACACGAAGAAACAUAUUAUGGGGAAAGUGAUAUCAGAGGAAAGUUAA